GAAAACAGUUUCAAUAACUGCUUAAUCAUUUCUUGAUUUUAUUUACAGAGCCAUUCUGAGCCAUUUAUAUACUCGACAGUAUACUAACGAGAAGCUCUUUGCAAUUAACUGUUUAAAUGUUUUGGUUAAGUUGUCCAUUAAUACAUACUGACAGGAGCCAAGAGAAUCUUUUCAGAAACUGUAAAAAAAUCUGAAUUAACAAGAUUAGCUGAACUGUACGUCAUUGUAUGUAAACUACUAGUAUAUCCAGUGAACGAACUGACGUUGAACUCCAAACUCAGGCGCGUAGCAAUCCAAUUUUUUCGUGUUUACAAGCCCGAUAGGUUGCCAAGCUUUUUAUUUAGAUAGUAGCCUAUUGAGGACUUGCCCAACCUUUUCAGCAACAAUCAUGUGUAAGCCCGGGCUUUUUUUAUGGUAGCUACGCCCUGAAAAUGAAAUAAAAUGAGAAAAACAUUGACUUUACUUGAGAAUUCGGAUAUUUUGGUUUCAGGCUCUGAAGUCGAUUGAGCUGGAUGCCGAUUGAAUUGUGUCGCAAAUAUGUAGAAGUCAAAUUUCUUUUCCUUUCAAACUGCCGUACAUCACUGAAGUGCAAAGGGAAAUAUCCACACAUUAUUGCUGUUCAAAAGAAAUGUGCGCAAGAAUAUGGACUAGAAAUGUGUAUUUAUGUGUAAUAAUUCAGAAUAACUAACUUCUGAAAGAAAAUCUCUUGAUGAAAUAGGAACAUGAUCAUUGUCAGUGUUGUCUUUAGGAACACAAUAGUUCUUACCAGUACAACUUCCCCUCGUAGUAUUAUUGUAAUUACAGUUUUAUAUAACACACAAUAAUAAAAUAUCAUAGUUUACAUUGACUGCCAGGGCAAGAAUAAAGGGGAGAUCACUCUAAAAUGUUAUUAAAAAUAGAGGUCGCUUGCGUUUGACACCUAGCAGACGACAAGAAAUCUGUAGAAGCUGCAAGUAUCAGAUGUGGAAAAAGUUCAUUUUUGUAUCAUUUUGGAUAAAGAAUUUUGCCAAAAGAUUACAGAGUGCUGUUUUCAGACACAGAUGAACCUUACCCUUCCUAGUUUUGAAGCAACAUAUGGCAAGAUAUUCUACAGGCUACAUGGAAACUUGUAUGACUAUCCAAAUAAUGAACAGUAUGAACAUUUAAUACCAAUUCCAUGUCAACCUGUUCCAUACCAUCAACCACAGCAUUAUCCAAUCAAUAAUCAUAUGAAGAGGCAGAGGCAAUGCUCACAGCAGAAUGAAGGAAAUUCUGUUGAAGAGCCUUCAUCUCUUAAUCCUACACCAGCCAAAAGACAAAAGAGAUCAUGUUUCAUUGUGAAAGGAAAAGAAAUGAAGGCAUUCUUUGGCCUCAUAGCUGAUGAACUGAUACAAGACUUCCUUGAAAUGGAUAGCUGUAUGAGAAUUGCUGAUAAUUAUUUGAUUGCAAUGGUGUUUGCCUACUUCAAGAGAGCUGGCUACUCUCUGAGGGAGUACUCAAGAACUAAUUUCUUCAUAGCACUAUAUCUUGCAAAUGAUGUGGAAGAAGAUGAAGAGGAAAUAAAGUAUGAAAUCUUUCCAUGGGCUCUUGGCAAAAAAUGGAAAAAGAAAUACCCAGGAUUUUUAGCCAAGAGAGAUAAAUUACUUAAGAGGAUUGACUACAGAGCAAUCGUUAGCAGGCGUUGUUGUGAGGAGAUAAUGGCCAUUGAGGCACCGCACAUGGUUUGGAGUCGACAACGUCUCGCACAUCACGGUGGUGCAAUGAGGAGUUACAUGCUUGACUCAGAAGAUGAUAACUAUCCUCGUGGACCUGAUGCCACUCCAAGAAUAUGUAACCUGUGUGAUGCAACAGAUAGUCAGUAUGAUUCAGCUAGUCCCUCCAGUUAUUCCUGGUACAUUUCAUCAACAGACUCCUCUCCAGAAACCAACUGUAGCAGUGUACACUCCAGAUUUGACAUGAAAGGUCUGAAAAAGAAUCUCCCAGAACAGGGAACAGAUGAUGUGUGGCCAACAAUUGAAGAAUAACAACUAUUCUCAACAGUUUUGACUUAAUCAUUAAAUUGUGAUAAUGUUCUUCAAACUGUGAUAUCUUAAUUUAUGUAAAAUAUACACUGAAUUGUAAAACUACUUACCAUGUAGAAAGAAUUCAUCAAAUGGUAACAGUGAGUGCUUUUUUGUUAUUUUGCUUUUUGGUUUUCAUGCCAUAAAUGGGAAAUAAAUGCCUCCAAAUGGUU